AUGACUGGCACGGGCGAGCACAGUGCUGGGCCGGCCAGUGCGCCAGGUGGGCUACGCCAGCCUCCUCCCCUGCUUGCCGCUGCCGUCCGCCCCGCGCCCUCGCCCGCCAGCCCCGCAGCCACCUUGCUCCGCCGCCAGCGCCCGCAGCCCCGCUCCGGCACCCUGCGGCCGCUUCUCCGCUCCGGCACCCUGCGGCCGCUUCUCCGCCCGGCCACGGCCCGCGCGCCCGCGCUCGCGCCCGCACCCUCACCGCUCGGCCGUGCGCCUGCGCCCCUCCCCUUGUCCCGGCAUCGUCGCGUGCUCGCCCGCGCCUCCGCAUUGCCCGCCGCCGCCUGCCUCUGCCCCUGCUGCCGCAUCGGCCAGCAGUGGCCUCUCCCCGCCUCCUACCGCUGCUCCCCUUCCCCGGCGGCUACGACCGCUUGCUGCGGUGGCCGCGGGCGCCCCGCCGCUGCUGCGCCCAACUCCGGCGCCCUGCCAUGCCUCGACGGCCGUCGACGCUCACCCGGGUUCGCCCUGACGGGCGCGUGCCCGUAACUGCUUAACCUCGUGCCCGCUAGGCUCCCCCGGAGCCACUGACGAACGGGCCCCGCCCAGAACGGAAAUUAAAAAAAAAGAAAAAAAAAGUAAUUAAAAUAAUUAAUGAAUUAAGUUAAUUAAUCAUAUUUCACUAAUCUAAUCAAAAUGAAUUAUCCUAAUCUUUUAGGUAACUAUUUAACCAUGUUUAAUUAAUCUGAGUCUAUGACAAACGGGCCCCAUGUGCCAGGGUUGACCUAGUCAACCUAUAGACCUGCUGACAUCAUGUUGAUGUCACGCUGACCCAAUAAUUACCUUUUCUAAUUAAUUAAAAUCUUUUAAUUCCAAAAUUGAAUUAAAGCUUUAAAAAUUAAUAUAAA